CAGUAGGAAGAUAGUGUUUACUAUCACUGUACGUCCUUGUGUUAUCUGCGGUCAUUAAAGAGCAGCAUGCCAUGGAAAAUUGAUGUACACUUCAUUUUGUUCGAUUUAAUACAACAUUUCUAUAUCAAGAAGUAGUGAAAAAUAAAAGGAAGUUUUGAUCAACUGUCUGUCGAUUGAAAGCAGACGGCAAUACAAUAAUGGCGGAAGAGGAGAUACAGAAUGAGGUGGAAGCUGUACCGGGUGGCGGACUCGUCUAUAAGUUUGUUCUGUCGGGAAUGUCGGCAAUGGUUGCAGAAUCCGUAACGUAUCCGUUAGAUCUGACUCGAACCCGGCUUCAAAUUCAGGGAGAAAUGAGCUCAUCCGGCUCCACACUAACACACUCGAAAAGAGGGAUGUUGAAAAUCAUGCAUGGAGUUGUGACAGAAGAAGGGUUGCUCAAACUUUGGCAAGGAAUUUCUCCAGCGUUAUACCGACAGAUACUAUAUUCAGGCUCAAGAAUGAUUAUAUAUGAGGGGCUGAGGGAUCACGUUUUUAAAAAGAAUGAGGACGGAACAUUUCCGCUGUGGAAAUCGGUGAUCGUGAGUGCAACUUGCGGUGCAUGCGGACAAUUGAUAGCCAGUCCGACAGAUCUGGUUAAGAUCCAAAUGCAGAUGGAAGGACGUCGGCGAUUAGAGGGUAAACCAGUCAGAGUAAAGAACUGUUCUCAAGCAUUCCGUUCAAUAUUUAAAGAAUCUGGUAUAUCCGGCCUGUGGCGGGGUUGGAUACCAAACUGUCAAAGAGCCGUGCUGUGUAACGUUGGAGAUCUGGUCACCUAUGAUACAGUUAAACGUCAACUUCUAACGAAGACAUCAUUACCAGACAACUAUAUCGUUCAUGGGCUGUCAAGCGCAUGCGCGGGGCUGAUGGCAGCAAUAAUGUCAACACCAGCUGAUGUUGUCAAAACUAGAGUUAUGAAUCAACCAACAGAAAAUGGGAAACCUUUGUUAUAUAAAGGCUCAAUAGAUUGUGCCAUCAAAACUUUUAGAAGGGAAGGAUUCUUCGCUCUGUAUAAAGGCUUCUUUCCAACAUACUGUAGAUUUGCCCCCUGGUCACUGACGUUCUGGGUGGUGUAUGAACAGCUACGGAAACAUUCUGGACACGCAUCGUUUUAGUUUUGUAAUAAAUAUUGUAAAACCCCGAACUAGAUCUUGUGUUUACAUAAUGUCAGUCAAGAAAAGAGUUUUUUCUUAUCCUAAUAACACGAUGCACGGGC